UGGGUUGUAAAGUUUGUGUGUGUGUGCGCGCAAGAGAAAGAAAAACAAAAACAAUCUCCGCAGAACCCGUUUAACCGCCGCGCCGAGCGGAGACGCUGGCUAUUCGGGUUUCGCCGCACAUUGGCCUAACUAGAAAGUCCAGUUGGACCGACCGAGGAGAACGAGAUUGAGAUUGUGUGACAGGGGUGGGGGGAAAGAGAAGAUGACACAAGAACACGAUAAUAAGAGAGCCGUUUUAGUGCUACAGAAUGAGCCUCUUUAUCCCCAACGCCGUUCCUACACCAGUGAAGAUGAAGCCUGGAAAUCAUUUCUGGAAAAUCCCCUGACUGCCGCCACUAAGGCUAUGAUGAGCAUCAAUGGGGAUGACGAUAGUGCUGCGGCUUUGGGCUUACUAUAUGAUUACUACAAGGUGCCCAGGGAGAAGAGGACAAUACCACCUGAGAAAAGUUCUAAUACUGACACGGAACACAACAAAAGAUUACUCACACCCAUGCAUCCUGCUCGUGUUAGAAGGGGAGUACGAUCUGGCAUGCUGCCUCCUUCACAACCAACAUCAAUGCUGCUUUAUGAUCGUCCAGAAGGAGGCACCAUUCAAACAGGGAACUCCAUGCCAUCUGCAGCAGAUCAGCCAGUAAUUUCUACAAUAGACAGCAGAGUGCAACAGUUGAGAGUUUUACCAGUCAAUCUGGUGUUGCCCAGCCACUCCAUUGGACAUGACAAAGUGAAUCAGUUUACAGCACCAGACACCACUGUCACGGUCUCUGUUACAACAAUACCACCCCAUUCCAUCAAAACAGAGUGCCACCCUAAUAACUUCACAGUGGGGACAUCUCCAGCAACAUACUGUGGGGAGCCUCCCGAGCGCAUCGUCAUCUGUGACCGAAAUCUGCACACUGACCACUUCGCCCCGUCUUUGUCUACGCAAAGGAGGACCCCAGACACCACCUUCACAGAGACAUUCAAGGAAGGGUCUCAGGAGCAGGUAUUUGGCUUUCCUACUGAUCUCCACAUUCGAAUGCCUACUUUAGAUACGGAGGAGUAUCCAUUUGAUAGAAUGGGUUCAUUUGAAUAUAUAUUGGAAGCUUCCAAGUCCCUUAAACAGAAGGCAUGUGAUGGGACUAUGACGUACCUGAACAAAGGCCAGUUUUAUCCCAUCACACUCAAAGAAGUGAGUGCCAACAAAGAAAUCCAUCACCCAGUCAGUAAAGUCAGAAGUGUGAUAAUGGUUGUUUUCGGCGAUGAUAAAAUACGCGACGAGCAACUCAGGCACUGGAAAUACUGGCACUCUCGGCAGCAUACUGCAAAACAGCGCUGCAUUGACAUCGCCGAUUACAAAGAAAGUUUCAACACAAUUAGUAACAUUGAAGAAAUCGCCUACAAUGCCAUCUCCUUUACAUGGGACGUCAAUGAUGAAGCUAAGAUUUUCGUCUCAGUCAACUGUCUCAGCACAGAUUUCUCGUCCCAGAAAGGAGUCAAAGGGCUACCACUGAACAUCCAGAUUGACACAUACAGUUACAACACCCGAAGCAACAAGCCAGUCCAUAGGGCAUACUGUCAGAUUAAAGUAUUCUGUGACAAGGGCGCUGAACGAAAGAUACGCGAUGAGGAACGUAAGCAGUCCCGGAAGAAGUCCAAAUCCAAUGACAACAGCUCCCAUCUUAGUACUCUCCACGAUGCAAAGAUACCCUUGAUUCCCAACCACAAGCAGAUGGAUGCCACAGUCUUCAAAUCCAUUCCCGAUCUUGUCACUCAGCCAGUUCUCUUCAUUCCUGACGUCCAGCAACGUACUGUGCAUGGCUUCCCUGUUGGAACAGAUGAACUAGAAGGUGAAGGAUCAGGGUUAAAAAGAUUGCCAUACUCACCAGAUGAAGAUUUUGGCUCACCCAACAAGAUUCUUAGGAUAGAAGAACCAAAGAAAGUUUUGCUUUAUGUCAGAAAGGAAUGUGAAGAGGUGUUUGAUGCAUUAAUGUUGAAAGCUCCUUCGCUGAAAGGACUAAUGGAGGCAAUUUCAGAGAAAUAUGAAUUGCCCUUUGAGAAAAUUGCAAAAGUCUACAAAAAGUGCAAGAAAGGCAUCUUAGUGAAUAUGGAUGAUAACAUUGUGAAGCACUAUUCCAAUGAAGACACAUUCCAACUGAAUAUUGAAGAAAUUGCAGGAUCCUACAAGCUCACGCUUGCUGAGAUAUGAAGAGAAUAAACUGGAGGCUCAUAUAAUUCUCAGCAAUUAUGAUCGAGCUAAUGAACCAUAUACAAUGUGAGAGCAAAGGAAUGAAAGAAAAAGUAUGUUUAUUAUAUAAAUCCACACUACAUAAGUUACUGCAAAACUCCAAAGUGAAAGAGCAUGCUGUACCAGCAAGUUGCUAUUGUUCUUCUCCGUGCCUUGUGGUGCAUCAGGUGGCGACCUGACCACUUCUUUAACUUUUGUCUAUUUUUUUUUAAUGAGUUGCUAGCUCGACACUCAUUCUAGCACAGAUGGAAAGUGUGCCUGCUGGUGGUGUAGUGACAGCCGCACUGAACUUUGAGGCGAGUGGUCCUGGGUUCAAAUCCGGCCGGCUCCUUGCAUGCUUAUCCUAGCAAGGUUUGCAUGUAAUCACCAGAGGCACAGCAGCACAGCAGUUAGUGCUACUACCGCUCUGGGUGCUGCUAGUGAGAGGUUUGCUCUGGUUUCCUCCCUCAUCUGAAAGGCAUGUUGUCAAUUGCCACUCGUGUAGGUGGGUCGCAGGAGAACUGGGGAAGGUAUGGGCCUCUGAGAACAUAGGUUACUACGAAGUAAGUGGGAAACUGCACAGGUGGGAAUGCUCUGAAACCCAACAUAUACUCAAUUGGCCAAACUGUCUACUUCUAUAUUGUUUUGGAAUAAAAACCUGAAUAAGAUAACAUAAAAAUCAACAACCAAUUGCUCCAAAGCGACGAUCCAUGUUUUCCUCCAACAGAUUCUGAUUUUUUUUCAUUCCUUUGGCCUCCCCAGGACUGUGAUAGAAAUGUUACUUUAAACACAUUGAGGACUUAGAUAUAAAAGAUAUCAAAUCCUUGUGUUGUAAUCAAAGAGAAUGACAAUAAUAAAGCUCUUAUUCAUUUUGUAUAUAUUAUGUAUAGUUUAUAAAGUGCAUAGCAAUGGUUUUCAAAGUUGAAUGCAACCUGGGGUUCAGAUAAUACCUGAUCCUUUUGGUACGCUGCAGCCUUGUUAUAGACAGCCCAUUAAUUGUGCAUCCUAUAUUUUUAAUAUGGAAGUUAAAUGAUGUUUUGUCUCAAUUCAAUUAAUGUCUUAAUUUCAGAUUUUAGAAAUUUAUCUUACCUUUUGAUAACUUUAAAAAAACUGCAGGAAACAACAUUUGAGACAGAGCACUUGAAGAAAAUCAUUUAUGAUAUUUUCACAAUAAUUGCAGUUAGACUCCUUUAUUAGGGAUUAGACUGGCAUAACUACAGGAAAAUGCAGUAAAUGGCAAAAGAAGCCAUAGAAAUAAAGCCAUUUUUGUGUGUAUGUGUGUUAAGUGCAAUAUAUUAUCACAGAACUAUAUACAUAGGUUUGGACUAUCUUUUAUCAUUGUAAUUUGCAAAGCAGUCAGUUUACUAAGACUGAGGGUCAGGGUCUAAGUUUUACAGAUGAAUUGUAUUGUUUGGAUUGUAUUUAAACAAAAUACAACUGCAUUUCUAAAUGUUUAUGAUGAAAUGUCGCUUUUCUUUAGAUGAAUAGUUAAGGCAAGUUUAAAAAUGUUUUGGGUUUCCUGGGAAUCUGUGAAGGGCUAUUAAAAAUGCAGUGUUCUUUUCCAGUAAGCUGACAAUUUGAGGCCAGCUUUUGCACUUCUUUUGAAUCAAAUAGUUAACUGAGAUGAUGCACUCAUUCAGACAGUGAUUAUCUUUAAGCAGGUCCCUGCAAUCAUUAGAAUAAAAUUAUUUCACUACAGCCCAUAAACUGUUUUAAUGCAUUUGAAUGGUAUCAAGAACAACUAGUUGUUCUUGUUAAAUUAAGUGUUCACUGAACAGUUACUUUGUAGGUCACCCUAUGGUAGACAAUUUGAUAUUAAAUUUCAAGACACUAGAUUCAAUAAUAAUCAAUGUUUUCAAAAUUUGCCAAUAUAUUUUUAAGGCACAUUACUAAUGAUGUUCACUUUGCUAGAGUAGCUUCACGUGUGAUCAUGUCUACUGAGGUGUCCAAAUAGCUGCCUGUUUACAAAGUCUAAAGUACAGAUUUGCCAGCUUCCAUUUUAAUUUAGUUCUGGCUGUUUAGUUUUCUUUGAAAUCCAGAGGCAGGGUCCACCCAUGGAUGUUUCAGGUUAUUGACCUAGGGGUUGUGAUGCAUUCUGCUGUAAUUAUAACUUGCAUCAAGGAAAGUGAGUCCCCAACCUCGAUGGAUGCUGUUGCAUCACAGUGGGGUUCCUUGCUUUAAAUUUCAGGGCCACCAUCCAUUCCAUCUGGGGCAUAUUUUGGAGAAAAUGCCCUCAAGUUAAUCUUGAGAAAAUAUCCUAUUUUCAACUAUAGGAUUGAGACAUACUUUAAAAGGGGAAUACUUACUUUCAAGUAUUUUUGUCUUUACUCCUAAGCAGAGAAAUAAGAAGACAUAAUUUUCAAUGUAAGAAUGAAACAAAAGAAUACAAAAGCUUCAAAUAAAUGUACUCUUAUUAAAACAUAUUUUUAAUUACAAUACUGUAUAAUGAGGCCCUGGACUUCAAUAGCCAAGGCAAAGCAUUAUUGCAGGUUUGUACAGUUACCUAGGGAAGGACUCUGCCCAUGCAUACUUUUGGUAAAAGGUCGUACUCCAGUUAAAUGUCUCGAUAUCUUCCAGAUAAUUAUGAUCCAGUUUGUUCAGAAUAAGAUGGAAAAGGGCUUUUUACAGCAAACUUUAUUGUAUCACUGAAAAUGUUUCACUGAUUUUGUUUUGAUGUGCAUUUGAAAAGAUGUAUUCCAACUUUAUUGUAUACCAAAGGGAAUAAAUUUUAUAUGGAUAUUUUCA